AAUUAAAUUUUUUUUUUUAAACAAAAGAGAGAAAAAAAAGAGAGAACUUUGGAAUUUCCGACACGGAACUUGGGCAUCGUUUUUAAUGAAAUCUCGUUGCGGUAGACCACCUAACUCAACGGCAAUCCCAAAGAUUGGGAGAAGAUGGUUGGCAAUGUAGAUGGAUCCCAUAGUGCUCCUCUUUCAAAUGGCUCCCUUCAUGGCUCCAAUGGUGCCGAAGAGAAGCUUGAUGAGCUCCGCCGUCUCCUUGGAAAAUCAGAUGGUGAUCUUCUAAAGAUAGUUGGUGUCGGCGCAGGCGCUUGGGGCAGUGUCUUUGCAGCAUUGUUGCAGGAUGCUUAUGGGCAUCUGCGUGAAAAGGUGCAGGUUAGGAUAUGGCGGAGGCCGGGAAGGUCUGUGGAUAAGUCCACUGCUGAGCAUCUUUUUGAGGUCAUUAACUCAAGGGAGGAUGUGUUGAGGAGGUUGAUACGGCGAUGUGCAUACUUGAAAUAUGUUGAGGCUCGGCUUGGAGAUCGCACAUUGUAUGCAGAUGAGAUCUUGAAGGAUGGCUUUUGCUUGAACAUGAUUGAUACACCACUUUGCCCGAUGAAGGUGGUGACCAACCUGCAGGAGGCUGUGUGGGAUGCUGACAUUGUAGUGAAUGGUUUGCCUUCUACUGAGACUAGAGAGGUGUUCGAGGAGAUCAGUAGGUAUUGGAAGGAAAGGAUUACUUAUCCUAUCAUUAUCUCACUGGCAAAAGGUAUUGAAGCGGCUUUGGAUCCUGAACCCCGGAUAAUCACUCCGACACAGAUGAUCAACCAUGCAACUGGAGUGCCUAUGGAGAACAUUCUUUAUCUUGGUGGUCCAAACAUUGCUUCAGAGAUUUAUAACAAGGAAUAUGCUAAUGCUCGAAUUUGUGGAGCUGAUAAGUGGAGGAAGCCUCUUGCUAAAUUUUUGAGGCAGCCACAUUUUAUUGUAUGGGACAACAGUGAUCUUGUCACACAUGAAGUUAUGGGUGGCUUGAAGAAUGUUUAUGCUAUCGGUGCUGGAAUGGUAGCAGCUCUGACCAAUGAGAGUGCAACAAGCAAAUCGGUAUACUUUGCUCACUGCACAUCUGAAAUGAUAUUCAUCACUCACCUACUGACAGAAGAGCCUGAAAAACUGGCCGGUCCAUUGCUAGCUGACACUUAUGUGACCUUAUUGAAAGGUCGUAAUGCAUGGUAUGGCCAGAUGCUUGCCAAGGGGGAGUUGAGCCCUGACAUGGGUGACAGCAUCAAAGGCAAAGGAAUGAUUCAGGGUGUCUCUGCAGUUGGUGCAUUUUAUGAGCUUCUUAGUCAGUCCAGCUUAAGUAUAUUGCAUCCUGAUGAAAAUAAGCCUGUAGCUCCAGUUGAGCUCUGCCCUAUUCUGAAGACAUUAUACAAGAUAUUGAUUAAGAGGGAGCUCGCAACAGGGGCCAUUCUUCAAGCAUUGCGAGAUGAAACAAUGAACGAUCCUCGUGAACGUAUAGAGAUGGCACACAGCCAUGCCUUUUACAGACCCUCACUUCUCGGCAAACCGUGAUUGCGCAUCUAUGAUCAGGGAAAUAUAUAUUGCUUGAGGAAAAGAACCCAUAAUGAGUAAGAGCUGCUGUUAAAUUAAGUCGUGUUUGAGAUUUUAGUAUGAUGUUCAGUAUGUAAUACAUGCCAUUUAUUCAAUGAAAUUUUGUGCCAACUUGUUGAAUUACAAUUUCUGUACAUUGACAGUUUUAACAGUUGGACCAAUCCAGUACAAAUAUUUUAGAGAACACAAAAAAGUUACAAACUGCACUGUUACUCCAAACUUGAACAGGUAGAAAGAAUGACAUUGAUUUCUUCUGCAAAAC